AUCAAUGGCUACUAUCAAGCAGAAGAUCGCGGCCUUGGGCCCCGACGAAAAGUUUAUUUCGUUCGAGUUUUUCCCGCCGAAAACCGAUUCUGGGUUUCGCAAUCUUCUUGCUAGAUUGAAUCGUAUGCUGGCUUUGAACCCACUUUUCAUUACGGUGACAUGGGGAGCUGGGGGAUCCACCAGUGAAAAGUCGCUUGACUUGGCUGCAACGUGCCAGAAUGAUUUGGGUUUGACGACGAUUUUACAUUUAACCUGUACCAAUACAAAUAAGGAGAUCAUUGAUGAAGCUUUAAAGCGAGCCAAAGAGUCUGGCAUCAGGAAUAUUUUAGCUUUAAGAGGGGACCCACCUCGAGCAGAAGAGUACUGGACUCCCAACUGCGACUUCAACUCUGCUGUCGACUUAGUGAGGUAUAUCAAAGAGAACUACGGCGACUAUUUCUGUAUUGGUGUCGCAGGAUAUCCAGAGGGACAUGUUGAUGGAUCUGAUGGAGCAGACCAGAAUCCUCAGAAGGACAUUCCGUAUUUGAUUGAGAAGGUAGAAGCUGGUGCAGAUUUCAUCAUUACCCAGUUGUUCUACGAUGUAGACAAAUUUAUCGCCUAUGAUAGCUUGUUGAAGUCAUAUGCUCAGUUGAAGGACGUGACCUUGAUCCCUGGUCUUAUGCCCAUCACCACAUACAAGGUCUUCACUAGAGCCAGUAAGCUUUCACAUGCCUCGAUUCCCAAGACGAUUUCUCGUAAACUUGAGGCUUCUGUAGGAAAUGACGAUGCCAUCAAAAGUCUUGGUGUAGAGAUCGUUUCUGACAUCAUCAACACCAUCACGUCUAAGACAUCUAUAAAGGGAUUCCAUUUCUAUACAUUGAACUUGGAAAAAGCUGUAGCUUCUAUCUUAAAGAACCUGACUGUAAUGCAGACCAUCAUGGAACGAGCCUCCUCGACCGAAGAAAGCAUCAACGACGACGCCAUUGCUUCUUCGGACGAGGAGGAGGGAAAAAGGAAAUCUUCUAUCAUUAACGAGAACAGUCUUUCAGACAAGUCCCUCGCUCUCUCAGCACAACGUAGUCUUGUUGGAAAGGCAUUGCUUAAAGACAAGAAGGUGUUGGUGGAUAUUAGUACUGGCAAGGGUGCCUUGGGUAAAGAAGCCAUCUGGGAUGAUUUUCCCAAUGGAAGAUUCGGAGACUCGAAUUCGCCAGCGUAUGGUGAAAUCGAUGGUUAUGGGCCCUCAUUGAAAGUAGCUUCACCUGAAGAAGCAAUUGCGAAAUGGGGCUCCCCAGAAUCCGUCGGUGACAUCGCCAAAGUGUUCAUGGGAUAUUUAUCUGGUAAGAUCGAUAUAUUGCCGUGGACAGAUAGCUCGUUAUCUGCUGAAACGACUUUGAUCCAGGAGGAACUUUUCGACUUGAACGACAGAGGUUGGUUCUCGUUGGCUUCACAGCCAGCAGUCAAUGGUUGUAAAUCUACAGAUAGGAUUUUUGGUUGGGGUCCUAAGAACGGUAUUGUCUACCAGAAAGCAUUUGUCGAGAUCUUUGUACCCAAAGAGCAAUGGGAAUCAGAAUUGAAGUCCAGUUUGAAGCCUCAUUUUGAAGAAAAAACCAUUACCUACUAUGUUGGUGAUGCUGAAGGCAACAUCGAGUCCAAUCUCUUCGUGGGCCCAGAUGCCCACAACAGCAAGAAUGCCAUCACAUGGGGAGUGUUCCCCCUGAAGGAAGUGUUGCAGCCUACCAUUAUUGAUUACGAAUCUUUCAAGGCUUGGAACGAAGAAGCGUUCCUUUUAUGGAUCGAAUGGGCUCGUUGCUACAAGAAGAACACCAAGACAUUCCAGUUACUCAAUUCCAUCUACUCCAACUACGUGUUGGUGAGUUUGAUCCACCAUGACUUCACUGACGAAGCUGGCUUGUGGACGCUCUUGUUGCAAUGACUCCCGUCCAGAUGGAAGCUCUGACGGUGUCUCUGGACAAUAGGCUCCGGUAUCUUCCAUCACGAGUGUGUUGAUUGUCUAUAGGAGUAUCAUGUAUAUUAUAAGUAUAAUCAUUAUCAUUAUCAUUAGUUAGAAGCUAUUCAUAUAAGUAGAAUACACAGUAUGAUGCCUUGU